AUGAGAUUAUUGGGCCCUCAUCAGCAGCUGGCUUUCAUAUUUGGUGUCUUGGAGAACCGAACCAAUGGUAGCAUUGUCUCUUUCCUGGUGUUCUUGGCACCAGUGCAAACCUUUUAUAAAAUUUACAAGAAAAAAACUGCUGAAGAAUACCAAUCAAUCCCAUACAUGGUUGCACUUUCAAGUGCAAUGAUGUUAUUGUACUACGGCAGGCUUAAGAGUAAUGUGAACCUCAUCGACGGCACCAGCAGCUUCAGAUGUGCCAUCGAAGUUAUUUAUCUUGUGCUAUACAUCAUAUAUGCACCAAAGAAGGAUAAGAUUUGUGCUGUUUACAGUGUUGCAGUCUAUGCUUCUCGUUUAAGCAUCAUGGUUUGUUUACAACAGUUUCUUUCAUUGUUUAUCAUCUAUGUGAAUUAUAAGAAUAGAAACAAGGGUGUUGAAAUAACAGAACAGAUGCAAAAAGUAGAUAUGGAGAGCUCAGUCGGGGAUAUAAAACCAAGUUUUGCAGAACAUGAACAAAUCAAGGAAAUCACAAUCGUUAUUGCUGAGAAACCAGUUGAAUCAGUUGAACAAAUCAAGUAA